AUGCAGAAUCCUGACGAUAUCGGAUCUGCUGCCGUUCAAAGCAGUUUUGAUAGUAAUUUCCUCGAUGAGUUUAAGGCGUUUGAGUCUACGCUUACACCGGAAGCCAAUUCGAAUUCUCUAGUGUAUCAAUCGGAAAAUCCGUCUUCGGACCAUGAGAGCGUUUCAGAAAGUUUUAGUGGGUCGUUGGAUACUGUUGGUCCCUCGAAAGCUAACCCUCUAGUAGUGGAGGAUCCGAUUGUAACCUACGACUCAGUAGUCACUCAAAUGGUUGCCAAUGGUAUCAACUGGGCUCCUCCAGAUCAGAAUGUCAACGGAACUACUUCAACGGCUGCUACCAAAGCAAUUAAGGUUUGCAAUGACAAUUUUAAUGGUGAUCGAAUCUCCCGCAUUUCUGAACUGUCUCCGUCCUCAUCAUUUUCUCCUGAGAAACCAGUCAAACUCCGAAACCCUUCGACAUUUACUAGCAAUGGAAGUACUCCAAAAGUUUCUGAAAACUCGGCCAAGGUACAGGAGCUUCAAUCCCAACUGAAUCAGGAAAAAGCUACAAGGAAACAGCAGGAUGACUACAUCCACCAGUUGCAACGCUACUACGACAACCUCUUGGCUAAACACGCAGCAGCCGAGAUGACCAUUGACCAAUUGCGAUUUCGAUCGAAAAUUGGGUGUGGUGUUGACAGUGGCGGCGCCUCUCCGAUGAGUCGUAGUGGUCCGUCAACCUUGCGAAACCAGAAACUUAUCAGCACCUCGCUUGAUACACGCCCUCAUGAUGGUCUCUUGAGAAAUAUUGAGCCCCAGUCUUGUGCAUCACUGGCAAAUCUUCAUGAUAAGCCGUUUGUGCAGUUGCGCAACUCCAAUAAUUCCAGUAUGACCAGCCUUCAGCCUAUGCGAAAAUCAGCAAUCCAGCCUCAGGUCCACCUCUUGCCUCUUUCAGCCCCGCUUGGUCAGCUGAUGCAGUGCCCUUCGAAUGAAUCUCUGGUGUCUUCGCAGCCCACCUUGCCCAAACUGGAUUCUGCUCCUUCGGAACACGAGUUCUUUGAGGAAAGUGAACCUGCAGUUGGCUGCAAUACACCCACUCAACCUGCUGCCAUGUCCUUAGAAGGCCGAUUCAACACUUCUCUCACUGAAAUCUUUGAUCGUCUGAACGCAAUUGAUGCUCACAUCUCAAGUAGCCACAGAGACGAUGUACUCGCUGCAAUUCAACGUGAUCUCAGUGAUCUUAAGCGUCGCUACCUGGCCGAGCAACGCUUACACUCCAGUGGCAAGUUGAUUUUGGCCUUAGCUUUCGUGUAUGAGCCUUUCGACGUGGAGACCGCUAUCGCGUCUCGUAUUAGCCUUCUGUCGGAUCGACUGCAACAAAUGGUCUCCGGCCAUGGUACGCCAACUCGACCAUCGUCUCUCAAAGUCACAAGAGACCGAUGUACAUUGACCACUUCAGUUUCCUCAGGCUAUUCUGGGUCCGAAAACACGCGACACGAGGCUCCGUCAUCAGUCGUAAAUCCAACCAACUUAAACUCAAUUGUGGGUGCAAGCUCAAAGGACAUAGCAGAAACUCACUUUGCUCGACUUCUGGCGCGCUAUAAUAAACUAAAAAUGAUACCCGGUCAUGGGAAGGAUAUAGAGUCGCUUAUUCAACGUAUGCUACAGUUGGCAAACCGAUACUCCAACCAGUCUUCUGUCAUUUUCCCACCUAAAAGUCUCCGCCGCAUGUUUGAAUUGGAUUACAGUGCCCAUUGCAGUAGCACGGGCCCCAGGGAUCACGACUUCUCAUCAUCUCGUCCGUUCCUUCAAAAUUCCUCACAGUCAACUGCUUCUGAGACUGUGAAUGAGGUGUCCUGCAAGGCAGUGCAUGUCGUCACACCGGACAGCGGUGUGCCCCAGACCCCCUCGGGCAGCAGCGGCGGGAGCUCGGCCAGCCACAGCAGCCAAAGAGGCGGGCUCAAGCGACAGGACGCCGCCCUCCCCGCCGAAUCGCGCCGACAGCAGUCCGACAGCGGGUUUUGGGCCACUGACAGCUCUCUGCUGCCGCCGUGCAAAAGCUUCUCUCACAGCAAUACCACUGAGCUUGAAGAAGGUGACGAGGAGGCGGAGGUGGCAACUGCCACCAAUAAUACAACCAACGGCAUGAACGGAAACGGCUUAAUGAAACUCUCAUCUGAAGCGCAGGCAUUAGAGGCGGACAUUCAGAGGCUUCGUCAAGGUAUUGCUAGACUGGCCUCGACCGCGUCUGUGUCCGCUAAAUCCUCCACACUUCAAUACAGACCAAACGAGGCUGGGUCGACGUUGUCUGGGUCAGUCAGCGAAAGGAAACCCCGGAGAAAAACCACCCAGUUCUCACAUCUGGAUGCUACGCCGAAUCAAGUUCAUCUCGACCAUUCGUUGAAACGAACGAGCCGGUCAUCCUCAACCGUUAGGCAAACGCGGCUACCAACAGCAUCGUCUAGUUCUUCGAGUGAAGAUGUGUCUUACCAAGAAUGCAUUCGUCCAAACCGCCGGUCAAAAAGCCGAUACUACGAGCCACCAAACAGUUCAGUACCCCAGUUAGCCGUCGUCGGUUGUGGGCUGAAUCCCCAACAUCGUCCUGCAACCGCUGGUCCAACCCGCACCUACAAUCCCAAGUUCCUCAGGAAGCAGCGACUCCAACCUAGACAAGUGGAUGACACCAGUUCCUCAACUACACUCUCAGGGUUCCAUAGGAGAAGCCGCAGUUCCACUGGUCCUAGGAUUUAUUAUCAGGCCUGCGAGAGUUGUGGCGGCAGUGGGUAUAGCCUCAAUACAAUCGGGAAAUCAGAAGCGGAGGAUAUUGACCCGUUCGCACCUCUGCAUUCCCAUUCUAUAAGCCGAACCCCCACCAUCCGCCUGCCCGUGUAUCCGACUUCCAAUGGUUGGGCGGAACGCGUGUACGGAAUGCGGGAUCUCUGUGACUCAGUUCAUUCUCCGCAAGCUUGGCAUGCUUAUAACACCAUAGGACACCAGCCGUACAAAUAUUACAGGCCCACCGGACGUGCUCAGCUGCAGCGGGGGUUAAGGCAAUCACCCCUACUCCCUGCGGCCUCCUCUCCCUUAAUUCCUCAGAAGAUUAAGCACAGCACGCGACAGUACGCGGAGCCCCCAAAGUUUAACUACAAUUCGACUCCUUCGAGCUCCGAAGACGAAUUUAGCGCCACCCUCUCUGCCUCCGGAUUCUCAAACAAUCGUCGCAUUUUACAAACGGCGUUAUUGCUUACGUGUUGCACAUUUAUGGGGUCCGUGCAAUUGCACAAUAAAAUCACCGUUGGUGAACUCGACAACUGGAUCUAACGGAACUCGACGAUCUCUCAUCAGCAAGCAGCGCCUUUGGCGUGGGGACUUGCGCUGGUGAAGCAACUAACCGACCAAAUGACAAACGCGCCUGUCACCAGCAUCGACACCGUGAUUCCCCCGAUCGACGUCAACCACGUCGGCGCACCCGGUCCCGUCGUCACGAGGCCAGCAGCAGCAACAGUGCACGCUGACAUCUCGCAGCCCACCCCCCAACCGACCUCCUAG